CUGCCAUUUAAAUUAAACAGGAGAUAUAGUUAAACAAGAAGAUAAACCCCAACUUAAAAACUAUCGUGAAGAGUGGACGACACACAACAGUCCAACCGAUAUACCCUGCAUUGCCCCUGGGCACUGUCACUGUCAUUUGCGUCGCAGCGCUGCCGCCGUCCGCGUCCGCGUCGUUUUGCCUGGCCCAGUGUUUCCGCUUUCUUUCGCCUCGUUGUAAUGUUACUUUUAGUUUGAAUUCGGAGCCUCUACGAGCCGGUCGUAAGCGAAACCGUAGAAACCGUAAGCGAGACUUUAGUGCGAUUUCGCUCCGUUCCGCCGGGGUGUGUGUGCGUGCUGCGUUGCGAGUUUAGUUCGAGAAUCAUCAGAAUCCAGCGGCGAGAAUCGAGAAUCGAAACCGAAAGUGGUUCUCCGCGUGUGCGAGUGUGAGUGAGUGUGUUGUGUUUGGGCCCGCUUUUCUGCCUUUCUACCCCCGAAAAAGCAAAGCACAGCAUAAAACUGUGCGCUCGUACGCGCGCCAGUUUGUGUGUGUGUGUGUCGUUUGCGUGUGUGUUUGUGGACAGUGCUAGUGAAAAGGAGGCGAAGAAAAGAAAACCAACCCCCACCAGCGGCGGCGGAGAACAGGAAAACAACAACAGAAAGCACACCACCACCGCCAACAUCACUACCACCCACUCUUCGUCAUCGCGUUCCGCGUUGUGCAGAAAACAGAAAAUUUACAACAAAACACACCGAACCAGUAUAGUGCUUAAACCGAUUUUGAGGAUUAUCUUUCCAAACGAAAAAGGGCCCCUCGAGGCCCCUAGUAACAUCCAGUAAACCCCUGCGCUCCCGAUCCUGACAUGAUGAACUUCUCCGCGUUCGGCGGCCCCUUCUCCGGCAUCCACCAGUUUGCCGCUAAAUUCGACGCCCAGACGCCCGGCGCCUUCGGCACGCCCCCCUCAGCCGCUGCAAAUGCAGCAGCCGCAGCGGCGGCGGCCGGCACCGAUAACCAUGUGCAGCGCUAUCAGACCAAUGGCAAUCACUUUAAUCAGAAUGUGCCCAACGUUUCGGCUGCCAACAACAUGCAAUAUGGCCAGAAUAUAUCCAUACCAUACUCACAGCCGCAGGGCGAUCUGAACUUUCUCAAUGCAGCCGCUGCGGCCGAUCAUAAGGGUAAAAUCCAUCCAAAAAUCGAACGUGACCGGGAAGAAGUCCUCAACCAGCAGAUCCUGCAGAAUGUGAACCAAUCCUGGCAGACGCUGGCCAACACGGCCAACACGGUGGACUACUCGUCGCACCUGCUCUCCGCCACACUGCCCAUCUCCAUACAGCACUUCCUCAAGUACUCGGAGACCAUUAAGAAGGAGUCCACCGGCGAUGUCCUGAAGAAUGGCACCAAUCUGGCCAGCCUGGCGCUGGGAGGCGUGGCCCUGACGCCCAGCAACAAUGGAGCGAACGGCGGCCACCACAACGGGUUGGUGGGCAUGGACCACGGCGGGCACAUGACCAACAUGACGGACGCCAACGGAGCGGCGCUGACGAACGGCGGCACCAGCAACGGAGUGAACGGCAACGCCAACGGGGCGGUGACCAAUGGUGGCGCCGGCGCUGUGUCCAGCUCGGGAUCCGUGGGCACCACGAACGCCAGCGGCGCCACGGGCACGGCCAGCGGCAAGAAGACCAAAAAGAAGAAACCACCAAAGGAGAAGAAGCCGCGCCCCAAGCCGGGCGAGAUCCGCGAGACGAAGGCACUGGACGGCUCCACGCUCUACUGCUGCCCGGAGUGCCAGAUGGCCUAUCCGGACCGAAGCCUCAUCGAGCAGCACGUCAUCUCGCACGCCGUGGAGCGGCGCUUCGUCUGCGACAUCUGCAAUGCGGCGCUGAAGCGCAAGGACCACCUGACCAGGCACAAGCUCUCCCACAUACCGGACAGGCCGCACGUUUGCAAUAUCUGCAUGAAGUCCUUCAAGCGCAAGGAGCAGCUUACUCUGCACAUUGUCAUCCAUUCCGGCGAGAAGAAGCACGUAUGCAUCGAGUGCGGAAAAGGUUUCUAUCGCAAGGAUCACUUGCGCAAGCACACACGCUCCCACAUCGCCCGACGUGUCAAGUCGGAGGUGUCCGCGCAAAAUGUGAACGGAUCCGCCGGAGGAGGAGGCGGCGGCGGCGGUGGCGGCGGCAACAGUGCGCAGAGCAACGCGCUCCACGGCUCCUGAGGAUCGUACAAGGACUUCUGGUAAACUCGCAGACGAAUUUCAAGCCAUAAGAGGCGGCUGGGCUGCUGGCGGUGUCGGAUAGGGAUCCGUAUACGGAUCGGCCUACCUGGUGCCGGGAGCAGACGAGCUGCCUUUGAAAUUCGCUGGGAGCUUACUGGGGGUCCUGCUGAGCGUCACCCAACUCCAACUCCAAUUACAAUAACCCUCAAUAAACACGAGUUAUACUUACUGGA